GUUUCCUCCAAAGCCUCGAACGAGUCCCCAAGAAGCCGUGACAUCGUUAACCCCUGGUCGAACCAUGAGCAAAUCCCAAAUCCGUCCAAGCUUCAUCAUCUUUUGUCCAUCCCCCCCUCCCUGUCGCCUUGCCUCAAUCUCAAUUAUCAAAAACCUUUUUUUUCCCUUCACCUUACUUUCCUCCGCUCUCCGCCUUCCGGUCCCUCUUCCUCUCCUCAUUCGCUUCUCCGGGGAUAUUCUUCACACCCAUCCUCUUCUUCUUCCAUUCCAUUCGCUACCUAUCGUGUGGUGGCACAAGUGUUUCUUCUUCAUCUGAAGGGUACUGAGACCGGAGCAAGACAUUCUAUUUCCUAAGUUGCCGAUUCUCGCUCGGCUCAAAAGGGGGUCCACGUCCUUCCGCGCCGCUGCAUUGGGCCCGUUUGUUUGCCCGUUUCUCGGAUCCCUCAAAAAUUACCCCCUUGCUACGGCCAGCAUAUCAGUCUUUCGCUUCCGACGACCAAGGCCGGCGCGCUAGACCUACGCGACGCAAAUCGAUAACGCCAAACCAACGUCACCACCGACGACAACUUUCUCCUCUCAAGGCCUGUCAUGCACUCGGUGUCAGUUUCGACAUGACCCAGGUCCGAUUCGUUGCACUCGCUCGUCAACUGAUAGUUCCCGCACGUACCUGACGACACUGAUCUCCUCUGGCCGAGCUCCCAUACUCUCCCUUUCCCUAGGGAUACCACGAUGGAAUCUCUACGUCCUGCUUAUCCGGCUCCUCGCCGCGUCGCAACUGCCCCGAUACCAGCACAUAUGUCACGCCCGGCACCGUCCACAUCGGCCGGUGGCCUUGUCGAGACACUAUACAACCACCCAAAUGUCAAGAUCGUAGCAUUCGCUGCUGCAUCCAGAGGCCGAGCUCGGAGUCCAGGUCGCGGCCCUUCAGAUGAGCCCGGCUCUUUGUCUGCCCACUCGCAGCUCGAGAGGACGAUUGCCAUUGGGCCGUUCCGAAUAUACCGUACAGGAUCCGUCGCCUUCUUGAACUGCGGCUCUGCUCUGCAGCCAAUGUUGCCCAAAAGCCAAUGCUGGGCCCUUGCCGAAGACUCGAGCAAAUUCGUCCUACAAAUUCGCCGACCCAAUUACUGGAGGAUUGAGAUUCCCGUCACCAACGCCGAUGAACAGGAACUGGCUGCGGCACUGAAGGGUGUCUGGGAUCAAAUAUUGCAAUUCGAGAAGACGGAAUGCCCUUUCAAACGGUCCUUUACCGUCAUCCUCCCCGAGAAACCAAAAACACCCGUGAAAAAGCGACCAUGGACACCCCCGGUUAAACGAGCCCUGCCAGUCCUUUCGACCCCAGCUCACGAAGUCGAGGUAUCACCGACGCCCAAAGCUUUGACGCCAAACACCGGCAGGAGAGCUUCGACAUCUUCUCUCCGCGGCCGAAGCGAGCAACGCCGGCUCUCCACUGUCAGCAGCGACUUUCACUCAAGCUCAAGAUCCCGUGAUCCGAGUGCCGAGAUACCGAAAGCGGCAGAGUCCACGGAUGCUGCGCUGACUCCCACGGCCGAGAGACAAGCCGCUGCUUCAGAAUUGAAGAUCCCGAAGCGCGGAGCGGAGGCAACCCGCAAUAUUGAUAGCAACAGUACGGCUCAAGAGAUGACCCAUGAGGAAGGUCCUACGUGUGACGUAGUCAAGAUGGAAAACACCGAGCCCAAGGGGAGUCACGAAGAAGCCACAUUCGAGAACUCAAUCGCCGAGGAAGUGGAGCCCGAAGAUGAGGUUUGCCAAAAAGACCCGACGGUUCCCGCCGAGGAGCCAUCAGCAAAGUCACUAGGAGUCCAAGUUACGAAUGGUGACAUUGGCGGCAUUGAUGCACACCACAACACUGGCAAAGAGGUGACUGCCGCCGCGGUCUCACCAGUAUUGCAUGCCGCCCCGCUACAAGCACCUGUGACAGUACCUUCGACAGAGACGGUCGAUCGCGAAAAGGACGCCCAGAGCCCUGAGGUUUCCCAAGUUUCCAUUAAAAUCGACGACUCAUUGACCCAGCCAAAGGAAAGCAAGACAGACAUCCAGGUGGAGACUCUAGUGACUGUUCAGCGGCCAGCAACUGAUCGUAGGCUGCCAAACGAUAUCAAGGAACAGCUCGUCACUGUGGAGGCAUUGCCCAAGACACCUCUGUCGGCUGAGGCAAGCACACCAACGCCCACUAACAUUUAUGACGUGAUCCGGAACUACGAGAUCAAGAUGGCCGCUGCAGUUCCCGAGUCUACGCCGGCCCCUGAACCUAUAGCUGAGCCCGAGGCUGUUUGCGAGACGUCAGCGAUAGAGACGAGGAGUACCAGCGCGAAUGGGUCAAGCAGCGAAUCACAAUCUGCGACAGACGAAGAGGCAGUUCUCGAGGGCAGCGGAGUUGUGGGUGGCAGAAGAAAGAAGCUUCGUGGAUUCAGAGCCGGCAGGGCUCUGGUUCCCCCACAAUUGACCCUCGUUACCUCGCCGCCGUCAAAGUCGGCCAUGAGAUCGACUCCGAUUCUGGAUGAAGCAACUUCACCAACUGGAUCUACAGAUUCGUUCCACAGCUCAAAGUCAUGGCACUCGCCGGCUCAGUCGCCAAUUACGCCUGUCCCAAGAUCUCCUGCCUCAGACGUGUCCCCGACGAGGUUCCCAUACCCUCACGAUAAUAUUUUGAUCCCUAAGAAGCCUUGGCACUACCGCGACAUUUCCGAUCUAACUGUCACCCCGGAGACUCGGCGAACUUGGGAUGCGACUUCGUCUCUUACCGAUGACAGCUCGCUAGAGAGCGCCGCCACGGCGCCAGAUAUGGUCUCUGAGGUGGUUGAGCAGCCUGACAAGGUUGCUCUCUCCGAGGAUGAAGCAGCAACCACAGCUGUCGUGCGUCGCCCGUACAUCCGACACAGAUCAACCACCAGCAGUAUUUCCGUUGGCCGUAGGGCGCUCUCCCCUCUACCGACAGCGGCCAACCUUUUUGCGCCCACGAGCACCCAGGCCAGAUACCACCCCUUGAGAAGUCGCCUGGAACUCGUUCGCAGACUCCCCAUGGCCAUCGUAUCCAAGACCUGUGAGGUUCUUCUGGGUCCGCCGAGUCAUCUCAUCGCCCUGAUGCUCCAGGUGGCUGCUAAGAUCGCCGCCGGGCAGUGGCGCGGUAUGAUGUUCGGGUUCGGCGAGGGCGGCGAGACGAUCCCCGUGCAGUGGGACUACUCUGACGACGAGUACGAUAGCUGGGGCGAGAACGACGAUUACUAUCUCAGCCAAGUCGAGUCAUCGCGUGCGAAUAGCGUGAUUGGUACCGACGAUGGCGAGAAUGACGAGGCCACCGACAACGCGAACGGAACGGGUCGCGGGUGGGAGGUUGACUGAUGGGGCCCCAGGAGGCAUCAGUCUGUAAUGAUUUCAUGUAUGACCACUGUAUGUUUAUAAUCGCCAGGAACUGCAUCUAGGAUGGGAACCUUUUUGGGCGUUUUCUCUUUUUGGAGAGAGUAAAGGAAGCAAGCUACGCGAAACGGGCCUUGGAUCCUGGAGAGGUUUUCGCGCGUGCAGAUAUCCCGACAAUGUGUGGCAUCACAUCCACGUUGGGUCCUGGUUCUUUCUCUCAUGUAUAAACACUUUUGGGAACGGUGGAAAGGGAUAAGAGGGCACUUGAAGGGAUUUUGGCCACUUUUUUGAUUGGCAUUACGAGGCAUUUAGUCCAGUACGCUGGCCUUGCCAGGCACUAUUCAGGGAUGAAUUCAUUUCACGAUUUCAAGAGCUUGUUACAGUGUCCUGCGUGUAUUGCUCCUGAGUGUAAGCAGCCUCACUUGGCUCUCGGAACGUGAACCAAUGAGAAGAAUGGACUCAAGAGGCUUGGGCAGUCUCAUGGGGUCAUCUUUGCAGAGCGCUGCGUGCCGCAUUGCUCAUAGAAUCCCCAACGAGCCGGUUAGUCACCGUCGAGCCGACAGCGUCGGGUACAUCUUCCAGGUUGUCGACCAGACUAUACCAAGAGACUGGGAAAGGCCAGGGGAACCCAAUGAAGAUCAAACACACGAGAUAUACGACGGGAUGACAGCUGACAAGGGCCUACAUACCGGGGCAU